GAAGAGGGUAAACCCCAGGAAGGAGGGAUGGUGGACAAUUCCGGUAGCAGCAAGGCGCAAAUGCCCAGCUUGUCCCAGGAGGGUGGUCUGGGAGGCAUGUAUUCCCAGGGUGGCUCAGCGGGGGUGAAGCUGGAGGCGGUGAUGGAGCAGUUGCAGCGACAGCAGCAGGCCAGGCUGGAGAUGGAGCGCAAGGAGAGACAUAUGCGUGAGGCCCAUAUCAUGUACGCCCAGCAGGUGGCUGCCCAGCAGGCUAUUCUCGCAGCCAGCAGGGCCUCGGGGGCCCCACAGGGAGCUGGAAUCUUGGGCAAGGGCCUCGGACGGGGGGCCCAUGGAGCUGGCCUGCAGGCGAGGGUGUCCAAUCAGAGUAGUGUGGAAUCGGAGCACGAGGAUGAAGAAGACAGAGGGCGGGGCUCAGAAGAAGAAGAGGAGGAGGACGGCGAAGAUGAGAUGAUGGAGGAUGAAGAUGGAAGUGAAGAAGAUGAGCAGCGGGGUGGGGGGCUGGAGUACCUUCGCAAACAGACCCUCGCCCUUCAACAGGGUGUGUCCCGCCUCCCCUCUCACCCCUACCCUCCCUACUCCGCCUCUCCUUCAGCCCCUGGUGUCCAGCAGGCCCCCUCGUCACCUGUCAAGGUGAAAGAAGAGCCAGAGGAUGAGGGCCAGUCUCCUUCAGGGCCUCACCUGCACACAUCGCCCAACGGGCAAGUCGACUGGCCUUAUGACGAGCAGUUCAAACAGAAUGGCAGCGCAGCCUGGGCCGAUGAAGCUGAGUGUGGGAGAGGAAGAGGAGAGGCGUCCAGGGACUUCGCCAAGCUAUAUGAACUGGACAAUGACCCUAACCGGAAGGAGUUCCUGGAUGACCUGUUCAGCUACAUGCAGAAAAGAGGAACCCCGGUGAACAGGAUCCCCAUCAUGGCCAAGCAGGUGCUGGACCUGUACAUGCUCUACAAGCUGGUGACGGAGAAGGGGGGGCUGGUGGAGGUCAUCAACAAGAAGAUCUGGAGGGAGAUCACCAAGGGCCUCAACCUGCCCACCUCCAUCACCAGCGCUGCCUUCACGCUCCGCACCCAGUAUAUGAAGUACCUGUACCCAUAUGAGUGUGACAAGAAGGGGCUGAGCUCUCCCAGUGAGCUGCAGGCUGCUAUCGACAGCAACCGCCGCGAGGGCCGUCGCCCCAGCUACAGCACCAGCCUGUUCCGCUUCUCGCCCUCCCCGAGCACUGCACCCCACAUCCUCCCUCCUCCAAAGAUGCACCUGUCCUCACUGGGGGGCAGCGCCCCCAGUGGGCACAAUGGUUUGCAGGCCUCACCCAGCCCCUCCCUUAAGAAAGCUGCAGAAGAGGGUUCGCCUUCCCUGUUGCCCAGCAGGCUGCCCAUGGCCAUGGCACUGGGGCAGCAGCAGCUGGCGCGGGCGGCCACCCUGGAGCAGCUUCGGGAGAAGCUGGAGACGGGCGCGGCCGACGGGCCCGAAAGGAAGAUGGCGAGGCUGGCGGAGGAGCAGCAGCGCCUUAUGCAGCAGGCAUUCCAGCAGAACCUGCUGGCCAUGGCAACACAAGUCCCCGUGAACCUCCGCCUGAACAGCAACCGUGUUUCAGAAGACAAGCAGGACUUGGCACUGAGCAUCUCCUCUAACGGAGCCGCCAGCAUCAGUGUGUCUGUGGAGGUCAACGGCACUCUUUACUCAGGGAUGUUGUUUGCCCAGAAGUCUGCAUGGACUGGUGCUGCUGUUUCUGCUACAGUGCCCCCUGCUGGCCCAAGUGGAAUCCUCUCUUCUGCUCACAGCCCCAGCCUUUCCUCCUCAUCCUCCUCCUCUUCUUCCUCUUCCAAGGGACCCGGCUCUGCCGAGCCCUCUACCAGUGGCUCUCCCUAAUUGGAACCCCUUCGCCACCCACUCUUCAGAUUUCUAGACAGCGCCUAGGCCCAUCAGGGAUACAGGGAGUACAUUUAUUGAUUAGUGUCACAGGCGGAAAAACAAACUGUUGCACAACAAAUACCUCAUCACUCCUGUCAACCUUGGCUGUUCACAUGACUGCUUGCACAAUCACAUAUUCAAACACUUAUGUCCCUGUACAUAUCAUGUACUAAUGUUCAAAUUACCACACAUUUUCAGAUAUGUACGCACACACGCACACACAC